AUGCCGGAUAUCUCUGGCCACUGGAAGCUGGCUGACUUUGUCCCCAAGCUCCAAGAUGUCGAUGACUGGGUGGCCUGGAAUUGUGCGUUUAUCAUGGGCAUCACAGCCAUCGAUCCUCGGUUCAAAGAAAUUAUCGAUGGGAAACUUACGGCCCCGCAUAAUCAUCCCGAUGAAUGCUCGAGUGUCGGGUUUUUAUCUAUCGAUGAAUCUGGGUCGCCUUACGACACCACGGAAAAAGAAACCGCAUUCUCCCAUGCUGCUCUCUUAGAGGACACUCGCGCCUUUGCCCAACUGAGCGCUAUGGGCAGUGUCCUGCUCAGAAUGACACUCGGACCGGUUCCCGCCCAGCUCAUCUCCGAAACGACUGACCUGAAGGCGGCCUAUCAAGCGUUGUCUCGCGAAUUUGGUAGAUACGAUGGCAUUUGCAAUGAUGAGUGCUGUAGUGACAUGUUCCAUUGGAUGAGAAUUAAAUUUCAGAACUAUGACGAUCCAUGUCAGUUUAUUCGUGUGUGGAAAGCCGCCCUAGAUGGCCUUCUAGUCGACCAUGAUAUCGAACUUGAUACAAUUUUUGAUUUGUUCCUCAAGGGCAUCCGGGAUCAUGAUGGAGUCGAAGACUUCCUUCGCUCUCUGCAGUUUGAUCAUUCCUCGAUGGAAAUGGUCUACCGGCAAUUCAUGCAGCAUGUUCCUUUCAGUGAAAUCUGA